CAAACUUUUUAAAAACCUCUCUAUAUCUCAAACCAAAAAUUCCAUUAUUAUUAUCAAAAUUAAUAUGGAUUAUUUCUCUGAUUUGUUUGAUCUUGACCAGAAUCUAGAAUUCAUAACUAGAUCUUUUCCAUGGGAUAAUAUUGAUCAAGAUCAUCUUCUUCAUCAUGAUCAACAAUUUACCAAUAAUAAUCAAGAUCAUGAUGAUCAUGAUUAUUCAUCUCUAUUUUCUUUCAACCAUCUUGAUCAUGAUAAUAAUCAUGAUUUAAUGAUCAAUUCUCAUCAAGAUUCUCUUUCACUUGAUGAUUCACAAGAUCAACAAUCCCCGGAAACCCUAAUUUCUUCAACAACAACAACAACACUCGAUCACGAUUAUGAUCCAGAAGAAGAGGAAGAAGAAAGCUCUCGUCUUCAGAAUCAGAAUCAAAAUCAGAAUCAGAAGAAUAAGAAUAGUAAUGGUAAUAGUAAUAAUAAUAGUAAUAGUAAUAGUACUGCUACUACGUCGAUGAGUAGUAGUAGUAAAGAGAAGUCUUUUAUAGGAGUAAGAAGGCGGCCUUGGGGGAAAUUCGCGGCGGAGAUAAGAGACUCGACGAGGAACGGGCACCGCGUGUGGUUGGGAACAUUCGAAAGUGCUGAAUCAGCGGCUCUUGCUUAUGAUCAAGCAGCAUUUUCGAUGAGAGGAGAAGCUGCAGUGCUUAAUUUUCCGAUUGAAAGGGUACAAAAGUCACUUCAAGAAAUUAGGUUUUAUGACUUUAAUUUUGGAAGAUCUCCAGCUGAGGCCUUAAAAGAGAGGCAUUACAAUAUGAGAAGAAAGGUUUCAAAAACUACUCAAAAGAAAAAUAAAAUUAUUAUUAAAAAUAAGAAUAAGAGUAGUGAUCAUGAUAUGCAGCAAUUAGUAUUUGAAGAUCUUGGGCCAGAAUAUUUAGAACAACUUUUGGAAUCAUCAUCAUUAUCAACUUCAUCAUCAUCAUCAUCUUCUUCUUCCACCACUUCAAAUUUUAGCUAUACUAUUACUUAAAUUAAUUAAUUAAUUAUAUAUACAAUCUUUAAAUUUGUAUUGUCUUUUUCCUUGUUUUGUUUUGGAAAUUAAUUAUUAUUAUUAUUAUUACUCUUCUUAUUA